AUGCGGAUGAAAUUGAAACAUCCAGAAGAAUGCGAUCGGUAAUUAGCUAUAUACGAAUCAAAUCCCCUUUAGAUACGGCAUCUACACACCCUUGUACUUUUGUGCGGGCGAAACAGAAAUAUCUACAGAAGCAGUAAGUCAUAUACCCGUGUAGAUUGUUUGUUCUUGAGGGUGACAGUGGCGCUCCUGUGAUAGUCGAAUCCUCGGUUCCCACCCAGGUCGGAGUAGUCAUUGGGCAACAACAACUUGACCAGAACAACUUAUCCAACGGGAAUUUGAAUCCAACGGUUAUCCUGAAGAUUCCCUUAUUCUGUGAUUGGAUUCGGAAUGUGACCAAAGGAGUGAGAUGCAUUUGA